AUGACUGCAGUCCGUACUCUGUUUCACCGCAAACCACCGAAGCAUGUGAGAAACGUGACGAUUACAUGUCGGGGUGACCCUAUCAGCGAAGAAGAGUUGUACAGGUACACCAAUGGCCAUUUUCUAAUAGACGAAGAACAUCAAUAUCGGCAGCGCUACGUGAAGUUUGACAUCCCACAGCUCUGCGCUGCAGCGGCUGUUGUCGGGGGCACUAAAUCGCCUAUUGUCGCCAUUGAAAAAAUGGAAGGCGGUUUUUGCAAAGCGCUUUUGAUGAGGAAAGCGGAUGGAUCGGAAAUAGUUGCGAAGUUGCCGUCAAAACUGGCUGGACCCCCUAAGCACUCAACAGUAUCAGAGGUGGCAACACUAAAAUAUGUACAACAGCAUACGUCGAUACCCGUUCCUAGAGUACUGGCGUGGGACUGUGACUCAACCAACAGUGUUGGUAGCGAAUAUAUAAUCAUGGAGAAGGCGCCAGGAGUCCAGCUUUACAAAAAAUGGGGCGAAAUGGAUGGAAAGUCGAAGCUUGCUCUUACGAAGCAUCUUGUAACGCUGGAGAGCCAGCUAGCCUCCAUUCAUUUUCCAGUAUCUGGAAGCCUCUAUCUGAGGGAGUCAUGCUUGAGCGGGAGCGAGUGCCAUCCACUUCCCAUGGAUAUCGACCCAAGUCAAUCCUAUUGCAUCGGGCCCUCAGCGGACCGUUCGUGGUGUAUUGAAUCUCAUUCGGGAACCCUGACGCCGGGUUUCAGCAGGGGCCCUUGGCCUUCUCUGUGCGAUUAUGGUCAUGACGUCAUAAAACGAGAGAUAUCUCGAAUCUCCUACAACCAAAAGACAGAUAAUCGCCCUCAUCGCCGCCGCAAGGCCGACGAGGAGAUGGCUGAUCUUGAAGUUGCUAUGGGGGUUAUAAACCUAUUAGAAUCGCUCCACAAGGACCUUUCCUCGAUUUCGAAACCAAUCAUAUGGCACACGGAUCUACAUUUAGGAAAUAUCUACGUUUCAGAGGAUGACCCGACACAGAUUGUUUCAAUCAUCGACUGGCAAUCAAUAUCUGUUGGGCCUUUGUUCCUACAAGCAACCUGGCCGCAAUUCCUGAAGCCCAAUGAUGAUUAUAUCUGCGGCACCGUUCAACCAAAGCUACCUCACAACUUUGACGAGCUAGAUAUAGCUGAAAAGAAUUUUGCAAUUUCUACAAGAGAUGAUGCCUUGAUUACCAAAUCUUACGAAUUACGCUCCUCUCUUUAUAACAAUCGUGACGUCUAUCGCUCUAUUAACCUACCGCCUGUCUUCCGCGAGAUAUUUAUACGUUGUGGAGAAGCCUCAAAGGAAGGCACAAUAGGUCUUCGAGCCUGUUUAGCUGAAAUCUAUCAGUCGUGGAGUGUGUUAGGCCUUACUGGAAGGUGUCCUAUCUCAUUUACGGAAGAGCAACUUCUGGAAAUCAAACAAGAAUUUCAGGAAUAUCGGGAUUGGCACGACGUUCAGGAGUUUGCAAGGAGCUAUCUAGAUACAGAUGCUGAUGGUUGGAUAUCUCCGGAGCUGGAUAUUACCGAAAUUCAGCAACGUAACAAGUCGGCCCUCGAAAAAUACAUAAAGGAAAUGUCCAAACACAUGUCCCCGCAGGACGCCCGGAGGAUGUGGCCGUUCUUGGAAAACGUUUAA